CGCCUGGGGCACAUGGCGUAUAGUCACACUGACGGGCAGCCGCAGACCUUGCGGCAAUCUACUCAUUUGUUCUAAUGACUAUGGCGGAGAUUGCAAUUGAAUCUUCAAUACCACACGAGAAGACUUACAACAAUAACAAUAACAUAGACCUACCGCUUACAAAAGGCCAAAAUAGGCCUCCUGCCAAACAACGCAAGAGGAAGCGUCUCAGUCAAGUGUUGGACAAACUGACAGGUCACGUCACCAAUCUUCCACUAGCGAACAUAAUCAACAAUAACAACCAAAUACUGAACGUGCCCGAGGAAAAUGGAUGUGCGUUGAUUACUACAAAGCACAUGUCUGGCGAAGUGUUCCGUUUCGACAAUGCCGACAAAGAGCGGUACCAGCAACAGAGCGAAGACGAGGACGUCUUCAGCCCCGCCAGUUCCAGCAACAAAUCACCUCACAGCUCGAGCGAUUCUCCACGAAUUAGUUUUAGUCCGUUACGUCUCAAAGAUGACGACGCAAGUUCGAGUCCGCCGUUAUCGCGACCCGCGUGUCCGUGCUAUCAGUGCGUGAUCGGCGUAAGCCACCAUCCUCCCCCGCCCUUUUACCCUUACGAUCGUUUUUUUCCCGCCUCGCCCAUCUCGCCCGUUACUCCCUCAUCGCCCGCCCCUCCCACCUACAACUUCGAACGUUACCUACACUCCAAGUACCUGCCUGAUAUUUUCCGUAAAAGAAGUCACUCCGAUUCCGAUAUACCGCUAUGGUUCGAGUACGCCAAAACCGAAAGGACGCGUCAUCCGCCUGCGUGGUUACAACCGUUGAGCUUGGUAAAAGGAUCGGUGGAGUCGGACCCGAGCACGCCUCAAGACUCCCCUUUGGAUCUGUCGAUGCACAAGCGGAAUCAGAGGGGGAGUAUGGACUGUCUGCCUGGACCCUUACAGAUAUUGCCAACAGGUUUUCUUCCACCUCGUGGCGCCGUGUCCGUACCUAUUGUUCAAGGUGACGUUGCGUCGCCAACGACCAAGCGCUCGGUAGCGUCCAGGUACAACUUGGAGGUUUCGCCGGUGGUGGAAGAAAUGCCACCUGGAUCUGAUGUGGCGUACGUUUGUCCCGUUUGUGGGCAGAUGUUUAGCCUACACGAUCGUUUGGCCAAGCACAUGGCGUCCAGGCAUAAAAGUCGACAGAGUCCAGGUGAAACCACUGCCAAAGCUUACUUGUGCGAGGUGUGUAAAAGGUCAUUUGCGCGUAGUGAUAUGCUUACACGUCAUAUGAGGUUACAUACUGGUGUCAAACCGUACACGUGUCGUGUCUGUGGGCAAGUGUUUUCAAGAUCUGAUCACCUCUCGACGCACCAACGGACCCAUACCGGAGAAAAACCCUACAAAUGUCCCCAGUGUCCUUAUGCGGCCUGUCGUCGAGACAUGAUCACGAGACAUAUGCGAACGCAUACACGAUAUGAGCCGGAUCCACUCACCGCAGUCAAGUCAGAACACUAAGCUUUUUUCACAUUGCGUAUUUGUAUUCAUGUUAUUACUGUUAGGUUUUAGAAACCCCUUUCCUUGUGGUUGUGAUUGCGUAUGUCUCACAUACGUAGUGAUGCUACUGCAGUAACGCAGUAAGAACUGGUAGCCUGUUAACGUCAAUUAAACGUUUGUUGUUACUCUACGUCCUUCGGGAACAAAGAAACGAAAUUUCUUCCACCCCCCCAUUAAUUCACGGUGGCACGUAUAUACCAAAGGUGUUGAAGUAUACACUAGAUCUCAAUUCAUUCCAGUAAAUACGUGCGACUUCAAAUUAGGCCAGUUGAAAAAGAUGCCCGCCAUUUCACGAUGAGUUAUUAUUUAGUGCCAAACAGAAAAUGGCCAGCGGCAGCAUUUUGUAACCAUAUCCGCCAUUUUAGAGACGCGCCGAAUACUACUUCACGAAGUCUUAGACGUACAUAUAAAAAUAAGGUGCAUAAUCACUUAGAGCAACCUAAGCCCUUAUGCACUUUAAAAAAAUAAAAUUAUGAGGAAACAAUUGCUGUGAUAUAUUAAUACGAUCUUUUUUGUUUUAAAAAAGACUUAUAAAACUUAACGUCGUUAUUUUUGAUAUAAAAAAAUUGUUUAUAAAUUUUCUUGUGAGUCUGAGAUUCUCGUGAUAUUAAAAAUAUUAUAAUCCGACUUCUUGGGCAUUAUAGGUACCUACCUACUAAAUUUCUGUUGUAAAUCACAUAUUGCCUUUUAUAAUGUUGUGCUAAUGCAAACUGAAAAUAAAGAGAAAUUUUUAAAUUAAUGAAAAUUGUUACAUGUUGUGCCAGUUGUAAUAAAUAUAAAAUAUUUUGUUACAUUGUACAUUAAGAGGUAUAUAACUUUGAUGGUAAAUCGAAAUUGGAAUCGUGUCAAGUUAUUGUUGUAUAUUACAAUUGUUGAAAGGUCCACUCAUAUUUAUUUUUAAUAUUGUAUUAAGUACGUUUAAGUUUUACUUAAGUUUCAUUGCGAUGUGUGUGAAAAAGCCCACUGUUUUUUUCUUUGUUGAACGUUGAUACUAAUAUGGUUUUCAAUUAGUUAAUUUAAUAACCUUAUGUAUAAAUAAUUUAUUUUUCCCGGCGUUGAAAACCAAUUUAGUUUCAACCGGCGUGUACAAAGACUUAGUUGUAUUUUAUUUUGAUUGUUUUUUUUAUUUAGCGAGUCUCCUUCUUUACUUGCCGUUUCUGUUACAGUCUUUAAAAAAAAAAUAAAAACUGCAUUCAGUUGUUCUCCUUUUUA